AGCGCCUCGGAGCGCCGCGGUAUUGCCCUUACAGAGUCGCACGUCUUUGAAGCGCCAUCCACCAUUGUUGUCAGCACUGGCACCCCUAAUGCCCCGCCAUCCACCAAACCACCACCACAACCUUCCGCCGGCCGACCGAGAACAGCAGACGGCAAGAACCUCUGGCGUGAUCUCAUCUCUCGGCUUUCCGUUGAAGUUGGAAGCUCGGCCCUUAAGAGCUUCUCUUCGGUUCUUACAAACCAACUCCACUCUGCUGCCUGUCGUUCAAAGUGGAUCAUCGAUCUGUCCAACCUGGAGAAACUGGGCAUGCUUUCAAAGUUGGCUCUACUGCAAAGUGAAGGCUAUGGACUGCCAGUCGAAAUAAAACAAAACAACUUUUUUCUUACUGUACUCCUGGUCGUUGACGUUUAUUAUUCCCAACUCUGCUGA